UAUCUAUGAGCUCCACUAAAUAAUUCUUCCUGAAUCUGGACUGGAUGUACCGAAGCUUCAACAGUGCAUCCAUCACAACUUUACUGGACUAAAACAUUAUUCGUUAAAUAUUCGUGUCCGGAUAAACUCGUUUUAAUGCACGUUAAAGCUUGUCCGCCUAGUUUAACUGACUUUAGCAAAAGCUUGCUAGCGGCUAACAAAGAGACGCCAAGUUAUAAACACAUCUCUCAGUUGAUUGACUGUAAAAGUGUUGAUAAUGUGUGCAAAAAGUGUGAAGGAAGAACAGUACGAGGAGGAAAUUUCUCGGACAAAAGAGACAGAACGACAACGAGUGAACGCUGUGAUCAAGCAGCCUGAUGAGUUAUUACACGUAGCAGACCGCGGAGAAAAUCAUCAUCCAAAGUUCGUCAAGAAGGAAAAGGAGCCACAUUCGCCUGACAUUAAAAAAGACGGCGAGCCGGAGCUGCCGCACGUUAAAGAUGAAGAGCGGGAGGACGAAACGGAGUUCCCGUUGACUGUCGUCAUCGUGGAGAGUGAAGAAGCUGACGGAGACAGCUGUGAAGGAUCACAAUCGGACGGCCUUUUAGCUCCACUCACAGAUAGCGACGACAUAACCUCACACUCGUCUAAUGAGGAUGAUGGUGAUGAACACUCGAAAGGUGAUAGCGCUGACAGAAAAUGCAUCAAAUGUUCUUACUGUGGGAAAACCUUUCACAGAAAGUCAUUGUUGAAAACGCACACAAGAACACACACGGGAGAAAAGCCUUUUGCCUGCGCAGUUUGUGGGAAAAGGUUCUCUUUAAAGACAAAUUUAACCACGCACGCGAGGACACACACAGGAGAAAAACCGUUUAUCUGCUCAGUUUGUGGGAAAAGAUUCACAACAAAGGGGAGUUCAGAAAGACACGCAAAAACGCACACCGGUGAAAAACCUUUUGCCUGCUCGGUUUGCGAUAAAAGGUACUCGAGAAAGGGACAUUUAAAAGAGCACACAAAAACACACACUGGAGACAAACCUUUUGCCUGCUCGGUGUGCGGUAAAAGAUUCACGCAAAGUGGUGAUUUAAAGAUACACACCAGAACACACACGGGAGAAAAACCUUUUGCCUGCUCAGUUUGUGGGAAAAGAUUUGCAAAAAAGACUAAUUUAACAGCACACACAAGAACACACGCUGGCGAGAAACCAUUCAGUUAGCGCGCGUGUGUGAUAAGAUUCCGUUUUGGGCCUCAGGUUAAGAGACGAACGAGUGUGCGGUCAAUGAAGCUGCAGAAUAAAGUGAAGAAACUCAG